AUGUCAUAUGCUUACCUUUUCAAGUACAUUAUCAUCGGGGAUACCGGUGUUGGAAAGUCUUGUUUGUUGUUGCAAUUCACCGACAAGCGCUUCCAGCCAGUUCAUGAUCUGACGAUUGGUGUCGAAUUCGGAGCACGUAUGGUAACUAUCGAUGGAAAGCAAAUUAAGCUUCAAAUUUGGGACACUGCUGGACAAGAGUCAUUCCGCUCGAUCACUCGAUCUUAUUAUCGUGGAGCAGCCGGAGCUCUUCUUGUUUACGACAUCACUAGACGCGACACAUUCAAUCAUUUGACGUCGUGGCUCGAAGAUGCCAGGCAGCACAGUAAUUCCAACAUGGUUAUUAUGCUGAUCGGAAACAAGAGUGACUUGGAAGCUCGUCGAGAGGUGAAACGUGAAGAAGGAGAGGCUUUUGCUCGUGAGCAUGGUCUCGUCUUCAUGGAGACUUCUGCAAAGACAGCCGCCAAUGUAGAAGAAGCAUUUAUUGAUACUGCUAAGGAAAUCUAUCGUAAGAUCCAGGAGGGCGUCUUCGACAUCAACAACGAAGCCAAUGGAAUCAAGUUGGGACCACAACAUUCUCCAAGCUCACCGAACUCUCCAGGAGGAAACGCCACUGGUGGAUUGGGUGGAGGAUCCGGAUGCUGUUAA